AUGGUCUUCUUCUGGGAUGUGCCUGCCAAGGUUACACAGCAAUCCCGCCAGUCCGACGACAUUAACGGCGAUGAACCUCCGGCGUGGGCUAUACACCUCUCUAUCCAGGGUGGUACGGUCAACUAUGGGCCCUGGGCAGACCGCCAACGUGCAGAGCUUCAGCGCUUCUUUCUGCCUUCGGCCUGCAAGGACGCCGUCCCGGCGGAGCGGCUGAAGGUUGGAGACUACAGGGUGGCGACCAAAUUCAAUCUUUAUGUUGAACUUGAUAAGGAGGUGACCAUACGAGUCCCCACGCGGGAGCCUUCGAAAAACUGGAGAUUCAAGGGUAAAGUUCCCCACCUUGUUGAUGACUGGACCACUGGUCCACCUCCUGAUUACCUCGUCUUUACCCCGUUCAAGUACAACAUGAACCUGGAUUUCAAGAACAUUCAGGUGUUCUUCAACAUCAAUGAUGCCAACGUGAUCAACAACCCUACAUCACUCGACGACAAUACCUUCCUGAUCCUAUCUAGCGGCCUCCUCCACGCCGCCGUUUCCAUCCCCGUGGACACCUUUCGGCCAUCCAAGAACUCCGUACCUUUUGAGAUCAAGGCCGACGGUCUUGACGCCGUCCUUCACUUGCCUCUGUCAAACACGCAAGCCACAUUUCUUCCCUCUAAAACUCUGGGCCAGGCAGAGAGUGCGGUCAUAUCCGGCGCAUACCAUUAUAAUGCGACCACAUCGCCUGCAAAUACGGACACCUUGAUUCUCAAUGUCUCGGGUCAGUCUCCGACCGUCACCGCCUAUGGGUUUCUCAUUAGGUACCUUCUCUCUUUGAAGGACAACUACUUUGGCGAACAUGUCCACUUCCGUACCCUAGAAGAAUACCAAAAGUCACUCCGGCAGCAGCCCGAGUCCACCGUGGCAUUGAACAGCCAGCCACCACCCCAGGGUUCCAAUGACAUGGAUGUCAUCUUGAGUGUUCGGAUUGAUGACCCCAGGCUUCUCGCUUUUGGUCUACCACCCGUAGAGCCAACGUAUCUCUGCAUCUGGGAUUUAGCGGUCGGUGCGAUUACUGGGGAGUGCACUGCCGAGUUUCUCACGGCGUUGGCUAGGGGCGGAAAAGCCUUUAUAUUCGGUUUUGAUGACGAGGAGAAUGCUCUCGUACCGUACUCCUCUCUAAUAUUUCACGACGUCACAUUCAUCAGGGUCCAAGUUGAGCCUGUUCGAGUAUGGCUGCAUGUGGACGAAGCGGCAUUUCUGUUUUCCACCGACGCCAUUGACGUAGACUUCAACGACUGGGCGAGGAGCCACUAUUCCAAGCGAGCAAAUAUCACCAUACCAAACGUCCAGAUUGCAUGCCUGGACUCGGAAACCGCGGCGCGGCACAAAUCGAGAUCCCGCCACGAGAUCGCCCCUGAAGCCCUUCUUAAAACCAGUGUGCAGGUUGCCAUGAUCGGCCGCGUAUUCGAAUUCUCCCGUGAGCGCAAGUUGCAGCAAGAACUCGAGACAAAGCUCAUUCCUGAGCCUGUCGAGCGCGAGCCAACAGAGCGUGGACCAGAGCGUUCUGCCAUGCACCUUAGAGAGUUCUCGACCUCGUCAGAGCGCCAUUCCGCCUUCUAUAGCGCCCUUGCCGACAGCGCAUAUCACAAUGACGCGAACCGGCCGUCUGCCGUAACAUUUUCAAGCCAGUACUAUCCCCCUCACUUUCCCCUCGAGACCCUCCGCCCACACGCCUCCGAUGCCGCUAUUCCGAGCGUAGAAGGUGAGGAAGGCGAUCCAUUUAAUACACUGGAGUUGGGCCUGGAUGAUAUCGACCCGGAUAUCCUCGCCGAGGACCACAUCUAUACCAGUUUUAUCGUCGAAUUCCCAGCGGGCAUUUCGGGGUUCUUGAACCCUGUUUCUGCUCACUAUGCUGCUUCUUUACUCUCGGCGCUCCAGCCUACCUCGCCGGAAGACGUCCUUGACGAGCUGCAAAUCAGCGCCAUGACCGAGGUUGUAGAUCUUAAGAAGCUAGCCAAAGUUCGUGGCGACGUAACAGAUUUGAUGAUCAGGCUUCCUUCUGCCAACAUUCGGUUCCUAAACUCGACGGACGAGGAGUUUCAAAGAACCACAAAUGUUGUUAUUGAGGAUCAAUAUGAUGCAGUCUGCCGCAACUUGGUGUUUGCGACUAGAGGCACCAAUAAAUGGGACGAUCCGUUCAAGACAGCAACUACAGAAGGCCGCCGGUCCCUCCACCUACGUCUAGGUUCGGCCGAGAUCACGGCCUCUGAGAGACUGAGGGAAAUGGGUGAAGCUCAGCCGGCCGUAAUCGCCCAGAUCGAAGAUGCUGUUGUGUCCAUGGGAUCUCGCGAGGUAACCUACGUGGACGCAUCUAUAGGGGCAGUGAGGGCUAGCACAGCCUCCGGGAAGAUUGACUAUCUUGCUGGACUCAUUCAUCGCACCACGACGAUGGCUACUGAACUGAAGCGCCUAUUUGAGGAGGUUUUGCAGAAAAACGACGACCGCCUAAGGUUCCUCAUCUACAACCUAGCCGUUGUGAGCAAACAACUAGGCGAUGCGCCCUUCUUUACGCGCCCUUCAGCCGUCUUACGCUCCGUCGAGUCUCACCUUCGGACCUUUGACUCCUGGAAGCUCAUCCUUCGGCUGCGGCAGACUUUAGUAGACCUGAGUGUUGAGGAACAAGAGGCACUCUAUCUUGCUUGCUGGGGUUCUCACCCCACCCCACCCAUGAACGCUGCGGCGGAGGUGAUGAACGCGUUCCAAAAAUGGCGAAGCUGGGAUCUGGGCGACUUGCACGAAUCAAACAACGAGCGACGACAAUCUUUCGAAGACCUUCAGGACGUAGAGGGCCCUCUAACGAUUCUAAACAUCUAUUGCGAAGAGGCAGCUGCAAAUAUCAACUGGGAGCUUUGUGAACUAGCAAACAAUGUGCUCCGCCUGUAUACGGAGAAUCUCAAUGAUGAUGAGCCCUCUCCACACCCACCGCCAAAGAGCACCUCGCGCUCGCCCUCGCCUAAAAGGACGCCACGGCCACUACAUGUGGUAUUCAGUCUAGGAAGAGGCGCGGUUGCCGUUGACACAAUCAAUCUUAGCGCCAAGUCUUUUGCCCACGGCCUCACCAUGUCUUUUCUUAGCCAUGAUCUCAUUGACGGAGGCGGUGGCACCAACUUCCUCCUGAAUUGCGACGUCAUCAAGUCGAAGCUUCACAGUCAUGCCCAAAUGCUCGGCAUGUUCCAGCUGCAAGAGCCAAGCCUAUUCAUCUCCCAUACUAUGCAAGAAGUUGACUCUGUAAACUCGCAUACCGUCAAAUCAACCGCGAGCAGCAGAGGCCUCGCUCUCAUUGUCAAGCAGGAUCCCAUUGCGCUCCUAGAGGUCAUGGAUCUCUUGGUCCGAGAUGAAGCCACUCAGCUCUACCGCCUAAAGAGCCAGCUUCCGAGAUCCUCUCCUAGACCGAAGCGCCGGAGUAAAAAGAUUGCUGAGCGUCUGUCGGCGUACCGGGUGAAUGUUGCGCUCUUCCUAGACGAAUACAAUAUAAGCGUCCCUCUACUUCAUUCCCUGACGUACAGCGUGUCUGGCGUCAUCUCAAGAGCCGCCAUGGCCGCCAAUUUUGGGAAAGAGCUCAUAUUCGAUUUCGAUAUUAGCGAGAAUUCUCACGAGAUCCAGAUCGGAGUCAAUAAUGAGCUUCGGAGCAUAUCGCUCCUAACUCUUUUCGCAUCUAUGGAACUCAUCCAACUCGACGCCUCCGCAGUAUAUAGUCUUCUCAAGGCCCUCAACAGACCAGAAAUUUCCAACGCUAUCCAUGACAUACAGGAGCAGGUGCAGAGCAUCAGCGCGCACUUAGACGACCUCUUUGACUCUGAUACUGUCGCCGAGACCACGACCGUAUCCUCAGCACAUUCGCGCCUCAUUUAUACCAUCCACAUCACCCUCGCCGGACUUGAGAUUGCGGGAACUACCCCUCUCGAGUCUGAGAAUCAGCAAAUUGCGCAUCUUCUUGCCUGCAUGAACAAAGUGCAUCUUGAGAUGUCUAAUCAGGUCGAGGCCCGUGGCCCAAUCCUAGAGCACCCUGAGCUGCACGUCCAUCUCGGUGACAUGCUCCUCGAUUUGCGCAAGGGCCGCGAAGGAGAAAUGAAGUCAUGCGGUAACGUCUCGUCCAGCGCUCUCAUCUCCGCGACAACCCGUCUAGGCGAUGACGGCGAGGAUGAACGAGCGUUCAGUUUCAGAAACGACGGUUUCGAAGUAAACUUGUCGCCGGAAACGAUCUCUACCCUGGUAGAUGUGUUGGGAUAUCUGGGAGAUAAGAUCAAGGAUCUCGAUACCUCAAGGGAACUAGAGUAUCUGCGAAAGCUGCGGCAGACAAAGCCAAAGAUUGCGAUCAACGACCAGGAAGAAGCGGAUGAGGCAGACUUUAUCGACGCCUUCCUGUCUUCGAUUGUGUACCAAUUCGAAGUUCACAAUGCACGCCUUAGCUGGUUGAUUGCGGAUGGCACGGAAUCUCCGCAACCGGGAGAGGAGGACCUAGUUCUCUCCAUCAAACUUCUAGAGUUCGGCACGCGCAAGACCAAGUCGGCGAGGCUCGCGAUUCAGGAUUUCCAGCUGCAGAUGAUGCCCCCGACUUUGACCCAAACACAAGCUUACUUUUCGACUGUCGACUCUCGUCGUCUCGCGUUCCAGGCGGUCGGAAAGUCACUCGACCUCCGUCUAACCUCCGGGUUCAUUAUCCCUGCGUUCAACCUCAAGGAUUCCAUUGCCCUUUCCGUCCAUAAUGUGCAGCAAGCAUCGCAGAAUUGGAAUACGGGGAUCUCGUCGACCAAGCCUGAAGAGCCUGUUACCGCAAGAAGCAUCCUGGGUACCAAGCGCCUGGAAUCUAUCUUGAUUGAUGCCGACUUUGCCGGCGCGUUCUCCGACGAUGCGGGAGGGAGCAUGGCCCUCCGAUCACCGGGUUUGGCUUGGAAGAUGGAAUACAGAGAUAAUGGCAAAGACGACCCGUCACUUUAUGGAGAAGUCAAGAUCGAAGAGUCAAGCAACGUCCUGUACCCCUCUGUCGUUCCGCUUGCCAUGGAUAUCAUGUCGAGCAUCAAGGACGUUGUCAGCACAGAUUCGGAUAGUCCCACCAAGAUCACGGUGCCCGCCAGCUCUCCGAAGCAGGGCGAGGAAGAGAAGCUUCUCACCGCCGAUACGGAUGAAGUUUUAGGACGCCUUCGCCUCAACCUUGGCUUGCGUAUCUGCAAACAGGAGUUUACCCUCAGCUGCCAACCUAUCGCUCGCGUCGCUGCUACCACUCACUUCGAAAACAUUUACCUAACCGUGAACACGGUCAGGUCCAAUGAGGCUGGUAACUUCCUGGCCAUAUCUUCGGCCAUCAACAACCUGCAGACCUCUGUGCAGCACGUGUACUCGAGAGAAUCCACCGGAAGCUUCGAGGUCGAAUCCAUUGUCCUCUCUCUAAUGAACAGCAAGCAUUUUAGCGGCAGGAGUGGCGUGUCAGCGAUACUCAAGGUGAGCCCGACAAAAGUUGCUAUCAACGCCAAGCAGCUGCAAGACUUCCUCCUGUUUAGAGAAAUCUGGUAUCCUCCCGAGAUCCGACAGGCAUCCAUGGCCCCCGUAACCAAGCUCCAGACAGAAACAUCUCAGGGCCACUUGGUUCAGAGAUAUCAGCAGGUCGCGGCAACGGCGGCGUUCCCGUGGACUGCCACCGUUUCGGUGAGCUCGCUGGAGAUUAGCCUUGAUCUCGGCCAGGCCAUCGGCAAGUCCGUCUUUGCCAUCAACGACUUUUGGGUAUCGUCCAAGAAGACGUCCGACUGGGAGCAGAACCUUUGCCUCGGGUUCGACCGCAUCGGGGCGGACUGCACCGGCCGCCUCAGCGGGCUUAUCGCUCUCCAAGACUUUAGGCUCCGCACCUCGAUCCAAUGGCCGAUGCGAGAGAAGGCGUUGAACGAGACACCCAUGGUCCAGGCAUCCAUUAGCUUCAGUCAAUUCCGGCUGAAGGCAGCUUUUGAUUAUCAGGUCUUCCUCGUUGCCGACAUCACCUCCCUCGAGUUCCUCAUGUAUAACGUCCGGCGCCCAAUGGGCAACGGAGAUCGGCUCGUGGCCAUCUUUGACGGUGAGGCAAUUCAAGUAUUCGGAACCACGUCCUCGGCUUCUCAGGGGGUAGCACUGUACCAGGCCCUCCAGAAACUGAUGCAGGAACGAAGGGGCAACUUUGAGACGUCAUUGAGGGAAAUUGAGAGGUUUAUGAGGCGCAAGUCUUCUUCCCUCAUCUCAUCGUCGCAGCCGAGCCGCAUGCCCAAGCUUCCGGAAGAAGAUACACUGGCAAAGUCGCCCAUUUCCCUUGACACAGAGGUGGUGGUUACGCUAAAGGCCCUAAACCUCGGCGUCUUUCCGAGCACGUUCUCGGACCACCAAAUCUUCAAGAUGGAGGCUCUCGACGCGCAGGCUCGCUUCGCCGCCAACAUUGCGCAGCGGCGAAUCCACAGCAUUCUCGACCUGACGUUGGGCCAGCUACGGAUCGGCCUCGCAGGCGUCCGCAACAUCGAGGCACCCAAAACCCUCAGCGAGAUCUCGGUCGAGGACGUGGUAGAACGCGCGACGGGCUCUCGCGGGGAACGAUUCUCAAAGUACCGCGGCGCGUUUGAAGGCAAGGUGGAGGUGGGGUGGAACUACUCGCGCAUCAGCUACCUCCGUGGCAUGUGGGCCAACCACGCCAAGACGCUGGAGCGGACGUGGGGCAAAGAGCUAGCCGUUACGGCGAUCAAGGUGACGGGGGUGCCGGACGGGCAGGGUGACGAGGACGGCGGAGACGGCACGUCGAGCCAGCAAAAGCAGAAGAAGAUCACGGCCGAGGUCAACGUGCCGCAGAGCAAGUACGAGUACAUUGCGCUCGAAGAGCCCAUCAUCGAGACACCGCAGCUCAGGGACAUGGGAGAAGCAACGCCGCCCCUAGAGUGGAUUGGCCUACACAGGGACAGGCUGCCCAAUUUAACACACCAAAUCGUCAUCGUUUCCCUCUUGGAGCUAGCCGGCGAGGUGGAAGACGCCUACGCGAGAAUCUUAGGAUCGUCAUGA